GAUUUAUGAAAUGUAUAAAAACGUAUAAAUUAACAAAGUUUAACAGCAUUCUGAUUACAAGUUUUUGUAGAAACAUACAACGAUAACAGAAUAAUAAAAUUGAAAUAAAAUGUUUUAUAUUUUACAAAUAUAAAAGUAAUUAAUUAUUUUAUGUUAUUUAAUCGAGCACUAUAGAAAAAACGCGCGGAAUUGAUUGUAUAUGUUUGAAAUUUAUCCCCGUGCGACGUUACUUCGAUUUGAAUCUAAUAAUGUCCGAUAUAAAAAGCGUUUUAUCUUUGUUGUGCCAGCAUUUGAAACUAUCGGUCAAUGUUAUCAUGAAACCUGAAUAUUUUAGACUAGCAAAAUUUAAUGAUUGCGCGGAAAAUGUUAUUAAGGCAUUCUGGGAAGUAUUGAACGUCUUGAGUUUUCACGUUAUACAAGAAAAGCAGAUCGAUAUUGACUUUCAACAUUAUGAUACAGUGUGGGCCACAAAAUUGUAUUUUGCAUAUCUACAGUAUCCUUCUAUCGAAUUUUAUGCUUCUAAUAGACACGAUAAAAACAGCAGAUACUUAUUAUUAGCAUUUGCUUGGCUUCUUGUAACACAAAAUACUCUAGACAUUUUAAUUAGGAAAAUUCUUUCAAACAGUGCUCUUGGAAGGGAAUGCUCGAAACCAAACAAUUCAGAAGAAAGAGAAGUAUUGCACAAUGUGCCAGAAACCUUGGUUGCCCAGCUAGAUAGUAUUAUACAUUUAAAUGGUAAAGUGAAUUACAAUAUCAGGGAGAUAUAUAAUCUUGUUUGCAAGAGAGCUAAUUUAGUAAGCAGAGUUCAUGCUGCAACCAUCAAUGUCAGUGGUCUCCCCCAUUUGAGUGUAUCAGAACUAGCUUUAGUGAAACGUAUUGCAACUGCUGAUAAAUGUCAGCUUUCUAAGGAAGAUGAAAGAUACCUGCAGGAAUUACACACUGCAGAAAAUUUACUGGAUGCACAUUCUAAAUGGCAGAGAAAAGAGCACAUAUUCUUUGAAUGGAUGGUAACAGUAGUACAAGAACACAAAAAGCAUUCAAGUUCGAGUUCUCCUGAUAUCGACUGGAAUGAAAUUUUCAAAUUUAUAACUAUGUUACAUUGUAUCAUGCAAGGAAAAUUUGAAGCUUUGUCGUCCCAACAUAACCAUGGCUGUCAAGACCAAGAAUUCAUAACUGCAUCACGAUUAAUGAGGGUGCCAAAGGAUCGUGAUGCAAUGGAGGAUCAAUUGAGAACGAUGUCAGCAGAAUUGGAGAGAGAAACGAAAAGUCUGUCGGAACGCAAGGAAAAGUUAUCCGAGGAAUUGAAAAAACUUUUACAUUUAAUUCCUUCCUGUAUACAACUUUGAUGGUUUAUGACAAAAUAAAAAAGGAAAACGCGAACACGCGCUUGAACAAAA